AUGCGCUACUCAAUCAUUUCCGCUGCUCUCCUGAGCAUGUCCACGUUAGCAACCGCAACGGGCCGGAUUAUGAGCCCGCAAGCCGGAGAAUCCUGGGUCAUCGGUAAAGAACAAACGAUUAUGUGGGAUACCAGUGCGAUGACGGGCCCAAUUGAUGCAAAUCUCGUCCCUGCAGGAGCCCAAGAUACUACAAUCAUCAUCGCUAAAAUUGCCACACAAGUCGAAAACAAAGGCUCGCUCAAGUGGACUCCGGACAAGUCCAUUGCGGCUCAACAAGUAACCAUAAUCAUCAUUGAUUCCAAGCAGACGAAUGUUAAUUCUGAUAUUUUCGUACUCGUUCUCGACGAAAACUCGUCCAAGAAGAAUUCAGAUGGAAAGAAGAAUAACAACGGGAAGUACUCGGAGGGCAAGAAGGAUGAUAAUGAGAAGAACUAUGACGGUAUGAAGUAUGACGAUGGGAAGGACUCGGAGGGUAUGAAGAAGGGCAUGGGAAAGGGAAAGUCAAAUUCCACUGAAACAGCCUAUGAAAACAAGACCACCAAGAAAACCAAAAAGGUCCAUGCAACGUCCACGGAGGACCAGAACAGUCAAACCAUGGGAAUGGAAGGAAUGAAGUCGAUGGGAAAUGAUAAGACUUCUCAAAUGGUGGCGUCUACGACCGAGAUGGUCCAGAUAUCGACGACAGCUCUCGCUGAAGCCUCUCCUACCAUGGUUGCUAUGCCCCAAGUCGCGGUGGGGAACACCAUGUCAACAACGUUGGCGAACCCGACUGUUGAGGUUCUCUCUCCGACUAAAGCAGCUCCGACUAACGCCGCCAUUACACAAAUCAGCGAGGAGCCUACAACAACCAUUGCGGUCAACGUUGCUUUUACCACGGCAGCCAGAUUCACCAACAGCAGCAACUUCCUGCAAGCAAGUGGUACAGGCGCGGGCGUGCAGCCCCAGUUUUUCUCAUCAGGGGCAUCUUCAACUCUACUUAGCACCAUAUUUACAACUGCAGCAGGGGGAGUAUUAGGACUGUUAUCUGUGCUGUUUCUGUGA